AUGUCGGAAGGUCACAGAUCGCAACCGAGUGGACACAAUCAGCGUAUUGCGGAAAAAAAUACUACCGCCACUGAAAGAUCCAGACCAACAACAAAUCUAGUUCGGUGGAUGCUGCGACAUGGAAGGGCGAAUGUACCAAAAGCCAGCAAAGGAGCAAAAAUAGACAGCUCAACAGAUGACGCCAAAGGUAAUACGCCAUCUAAUGAGUAA